AUGCCUCCUAAAGGUGGAAAACAAAGACUUGGCUCAGAACAGAAUAAAGUUGCCUCGAUUGGUGCUAAAUCGUGCAAAUAUUGUGGGGCUUUAUUUGGGUCUUUUUAUCAUGCUGUGUUUGAGCAUGUCUUUAAAAAUAAGAUUUCACAAACUGUCAAUUCAGAAAGUUCUGAAACAGAAAUAAUUUCUUGGAAAUCAAGUAAAGAGGUACAAUGGUGUUUCAAAAAUUUGAACACUAUGAUCGAAGAAGAGAAUAAGACCUAUCAUCAAAUGGUCACUAAGAAAGUAUUUGGCCAACAACCUACAAAGAAUCAAUAUGCUGUAACCUAG